AAUCUUCUAAGACUGUACGCUUCUGGAGACAUCCUGGCUAACAGAACACCUAUAUAGAGGUAAGAAAUGAGCUAAUUUCUUAAAUGAACUAAGCUGGACCCACAGUGCUAUGCAAACAGACCUGGCCCCGCCCACACACUAGGUGGGCGUGACCUUCCUGGGAAGCCCGGAGCUGAACGGGCUCGGGAGCGCUCGGGUGCGUCCGACCUACGCCGGCGCCGCCUCGGUUCUCGCGGUGUCUGCCUGCAAUGGCGAGCGUGGUGUCGCUCGCGGGUUCGCUGGGGCUGCUACUUGUGUCAGCGCUGCCCGAGGUGCUCGGAGACCGCACCAGCCCCGACCGCCGAGCACACCCAGGGGACGCCGCCCAGGUCGGCCCUGGGGCCACGGAAACCCGGCGGCCGCCGCCGCCGCCACCGCCCAAGAACCAGCGCGAGCGGGCCUGGGCCGGGGCGCUGCCCUUGGGGGCGCUGUACACCGCAGCCGCCGUGGUUUUUGUGCUAUACAAGUGUUUACAGGGGAAAGAUGAGGCUACUUUUCUCCAAGAGGAGGCAGGCAAGAAGGAUUCACUGCAGUCAGAGCAACAGCUGGCCCAGCUGACACAACAGCUGGCCCAGACAGAACAACACCUGAACAGUCUGAUGGCCCAGCUGGAGCCCCUUUUUGAGCGUGUGACUACCCUGGCUGGAGCCCAGCAGGAGCUUUUGCACAUGAAGCUACAGGCCAUCCACCAGCUGCUACGAGAGAGCAAACCAAACAAGGGUGUGGAGGUUCCAGAACCAGAGGCCAGCACACCCUUUCCUGAGGACUUAUCUAUAGAGGAGGACGAGGAACAGGCUGGUGACAGUCAGGCCUGCGAGGAGCCCCUAAACUGGAGCACAGGGACGAGGAACCUAGCUACUCCCAGGGAAAUGGAGCAGGGGCUAAGGAGGAGAUGCCGGAAGGCUGCAGCAAAGGGCCCCAGUCACAGCCCCCACCGGGAAGGAGGGACAACAGCUGACAGUUUAGUAAAACAGAGUCUGUUCUUGUGACUGGAUGAUCCUGUGUGCUUUUUCCAUUCCAGCUGGUCACACACACACACACACACCCAUACUAGGUGCCUAAAAACAACUGGGCCUUCUUGAAAAGCUUCCCUUAUUAGGACAUAAAGAGCCUGUCUUCCAGUGCAGGAGCUGAGAAGACAGAGGGAGCUCCAGUCCUUCUCUUUGUAUUCCUGAGGCCACCGUCAUGCCGGCCUUCAGGACACAGAAACCCCUUUUCUCAUAUUGCAUAG